AUGGCAGAUCCUUCUUACGCGCCAAAUUACGACACCCCGGAAAAACUACCGCACAAGUCCUCCAGAGGUAAAAAAGGCGAAAUCCAAGUGAUUUACGGGCCAAUGUUUUCAGGAAAAUCAACAGAGCUCCUCAGACGUAUCAGAAGAUAUCGAGUGAGAAAUGACUCAUGCAUCCUGCUCAAGACCAAAGACAACCGAUAUGCCAAUGACGAAGACAAAGUGGUGACGCAUGAUUUAUUUAACUUCUUGGAUGCUUUUUCUUGUGACUCUCUUUAUGAAUCAGACGUUGUCUCGGAUACUCAUGAUGUCAUCGGCAUCGACGAGGGACAGUUCUUCCCAGACAUAAUUCCAUUUGUAGAGGACAUGGCAAAUAGAGGCAAAAUUGUAAUUGUGGCUUGCUUGGACUCUGAUUUCAGAAGGGAACCGUUUGGAACGAUUUGUCAACUGAUUGCGAAAGCUGAAAGAGUUACGAAAUUAUGUAGCAUUUGCCAUUAUUGUAAAGGAGACGCAGCGUUCACUGCAAGAUUGAGCAGUGAGCAAGCCGUUAAAGUGAUUGGAGGAGCUGAUAAAUACAAGCCUGUUUGCAGGACAUGCUUUUUUUCUCAUGGGCAUGUGGUAUAA